AAGACGUGCAGGAUUUAAUUCUGUGUAAACCACGUUUAAUACCGCUCAAAAGUUUUACAUUGGAGAAACUGGAGAAAAUGCAACAGGAAGCCAAAAGGGCACAACAAGAGAAAAGUCCAAAAAGUGAAUAAACUGUAUAAGUCAACAUGGGUUAUACGUCGCUGGUCUCGAAGAUUCUGCUUUCGUUUAUAAUAUCGUCGUUCGUUUUAUACAGAUAUGGGAAUUGGUAUAGACAUCAUAUUUUUGUUACACUAACAGUAUUAUUGGCCUGGUUCUGCAGUUUCUGCAUUGUGUUUGCUCUACCUCUUGAUGUUGUAUCAACAUUAUAUCGCCAAUGUUUACAAGAGCAUCCAAAUUCAACUCUGACAUUAACCACAAACAUUUCAAAUAGCACACCAAUACCUCCAAAAUAUUGUUUUGAACCUUUGAGUCAUGUACCUGACAAGGUAUUUCCAAAUUUAUGGAGGACAGUUUACUGGAGCACACAAUGUUUAACUUGGUUGAUUAUGCCAAUGAUGCAGUCAUAUAUAAAAGCAGGCGAUUUUACAGUAAAGGGGAAACUAAAAUCUGCUAUUAUUGAUAAUGCUAUUUAUUAUGGGUCUUAUUUACUUAUUUGUGGUGUACUGCUUAUAUAUCUAGCACUUAAACCAGGCAUUGAUCUAGAUUGGCCUAAGUUAAAAGCCAUUGCAUCUUCAGCCAGUAACACCUGGGGUUUGUUUUUGUUGGUGCUUCUUUUGGGUUAUGCAUUGGUAGAGGUUCCUAGAAAGUUAUGGAAAAAUUCCGACCGCAGUUACACUUUAAGUCACCACUAUUUUCUUGCAGCAAAACUAAGUUCUGAUAAAUGUGAAGCUGAAGAAACUGUUGAUGAUGUUUUAGAGUCUUUGCAAGCUGUUUCAUUAGCUGUAAGACCAGGACAAAUGUUGCACAAACAUUUGGAGACAAUUUUACAGAAAGUUCCCACAGAACUGAGGGACAGAAUGAGUAGGAGGCAGCUACCUGAAGACACUCCCACUGAUAUGCCUACUGAGAAGGCACUUGUGAGGUUACAUAAACAGGCAAUAAAAUCAUUGCAAGUUCUACAAAGAACUGAAAACCAAUGGAACAGACUUGUUAUGAAAAUCUUUGACUUGGAAGAUACACUUAAAAACCAAGUCUCAAGGGAUCGACGUUUUAAGAAAACAUUUGAGAAAGAAAAAGGCUGGUUAUCUAAUAUACAGGUUAUACCUGUUUUAGAGUGGUACUGGAAAUGUUUAAUCUUUAGCUAUUACCAAAAAGGUCUCGCAAUAAUAUGUGGUAUAUUGUCAGCUUGUGUUGUUUGGUCAGAAUUAACUUUCUUUAAUAUAUAUCCACCUCUAUCGAUAUUCGCGUUAAUGGUUUAUAGAACCAAGGAGCAUUACACUGAACAUGCUUUAGACACCAUAGAACUUGUAUCUACCUGCGUCAUGUUGUACUUGUGCUACUGCGCAUUCUCCACGGUACUUAAAAUACGUGUGCUGAAUAUUUACUAUUUGGCUCCCCAUCAUCAAACCAACGAGUACAGUUUAAUAUUUUCGGGAAUGAUGCUUAGCAGAUUGACACCUCCGCUUUGUUUGAAUUUCUUGGGUUUAAUACACAUGGACAGUCAUGUUAUUAAAAGUCAAGUAAUGGAAACUUAUUACACACAAAUUAUGGGUCAUAUGGAUGUGAUUGGAAUAAUUUCUCAUGGUUUCAAUAUAUACUUUCCUAUGGCAAUACUAUUGUUUUGUUUGGCGACGUACUUCAGUCUGGGUUCUAGAUUCCUAUCUAUGAUUGGUUUCCAUCAGUUCAUAGGAGAUGAUGAAAUGACCACAGACCUAAUUGAGGAAGGAAGGGAAUUAAUUAAAAGAGAAAAGAGGAAACUACAAAGGGCUGAAGAAUCAUCAAACAGAAGAAAGGAAUUCCAGGAAAGGUUCCCAACCACUGGUCGUUUUAGGCAAAGCAGAAAUAGUACAGAUACUAUUCGACCUAUGACCCAAUUGGAGAACAUGGAAGGCACCAGAUCAAACUUGUUAAGGGGCAGCUCUUUUGAGAGUACAAGAUACACGUCAGAUGACGUGGAUACAAGAUUUCCACCGGAUGAAAUGGAUAUCGAUGCGAGGUUUGGUGCCAGUACUCACAUAAACGAACGGUUUAAUAACAGUCCGGAAUUCGAAACGACUUACCAAAUGGGUAGUGGACAGCGUACCCGAGUGGUAAUAUCUCCCCGAGGCAUUUUCGACGACGUGUGAAAGCUUAAAGUAGUAAUUUGCCCUAAAACUUGGCAGUAUGUAGUCAUUCCAUAAAAAUCUGAGAUUCAGAGUGUCCAUUGAGUUUUAUUUACAAAGAAGCUGUUACACUUAACGUAUAUGUGCUUUAAAAUACUUAAGAUUAGCAAAAUUGUGUUACACACAGUUAGGAUAAGGAUUUAUAUUUUAAUAAAUGGUAUUAUUAUUAAAUGGAUAACAAACUAAGUCAAUGUUAAUUGUUACACUGUUAUUAUUUAUAUCGUACACAUUAUGUAUACAAGUAUAUCUAAAAAAUACCACAACAUGAUAUGUUAACUAGGAAUUUAUAAUAAAAUUUAUCAUAGGAUA